CACACCGCAAUUUAAACCACACGUAUACGUUCGCUAAUCAAAUCGCUUCCGGUGUGUUUAGUCGUGUUACCGUGUAAGGAAGUGGGAAAACUCCACAUGAUAAAAUGUACCAGGUUGGGAUUUUACAUGGGAUGCGGCGCUUGUCAAAAAUACAGCAACACAUCAUCAGAAAUGUCCAGAUCGGGGUUCGUCCAGCAUCCCUCAGCAAUGGGAAUGUUUGCAGCUCUCGGGCUGUACUUUUGACAAAGGAGGAUCAUUUGCUGCAUGUGAUCCGAAGGUCAUUUUUAAAAGCACAUGCAAAUAAGCUGCAGUCAUGUUGUGCUGUAAGAUGGUACACUUCCUCACCAGUCCAGUCUAAAGAUGGAGAUCUGAUCUACUCGGGCAACCUAGGAAAAGCUGUCCGCGGUGUGAAGUUUUUCUCCUACUCCAGCAGUAUGUUUAGUCUCUGUGUGAUGCCAUUUGUCCUCAUGAAAACAGGCAUGGGUGUAAACAGCUUGGCACUGCAAGUGGCUUUUUGUGGCGUUAUAGGUUUCUUCACAUUUUUCACUCCUGUUCUCCUCCACUUCAUCACCAAAGGCUAUGUAAUACGGCUGUACCACAACAAGGAGACAGACAUGUACACGGCCAUCACUUACAGCGCUGUCCUAAUGGAGAAACGGACUGUGUUUCAUCAGAGUGACGUCACGAUCCCUGACGUGAGCCGAAUGUUCACUAGUUUUUAUGCCAAGAAACGCUCGAUGCUGGUCAACCCCAUGCAUUUUUCUCUACCACAUGAUUACAACCACCUCAUGGGUUACGACCGGCCGUUUUCAUUUGACAUGGAUGACUUCAGCAAACCAGAUAAAAGUUAACUUGUGUAUGUAUAAUACUGGUGAACAACCAAGUCUAGUAGUAUUUUUAAAAUCCUUUCAGUGCAGCAUUGUAAUGUAUUGAAUAUUGGCAGGCAUCAGUUGUCGUCUGGCAUAUUUGUGAUGUAUAAAAGUGUAAAUAAAUGUAAAGCCGUAUUUACAGUACUAUCUUCACACA